AUGAGAAGCAAGCAAGCCGAGGCGAAGCUGCAGGCGGUGGAGGAGAAGGUCGCCGCGGCGGACCGGUCCAGCGACCCGGUGCUGGUGGAGAUCAUGCAGGUCCACGCGGACGUGGACGGGGCCUUCUACACGAUCAAGCUGCCCAGCGGCGGCGAGAAGCAGACGACGCGCGGAAAGCUCGAUUCGCUCGAGGAGCGCGCUGAGGCCGCGGCGGCGGCGCUGCUCGCCGAGGAGGCGAAGGAGAGCAAGAAGGGCGGGCGCGGCAAGGGCGGGUCGGGCCGCGAGAAGCCGAAGCCCGCCCGCAAGCAGAACAGCGGGCGCGAAAAGCGCAAGUGA